AUGCUUCUCGAUUGCAAUCUUUGCCUCGCCAAGCACUCUACGUCUCUACCUUCGAUCAUUGGAGUGUUGCUCGAGAACGGAGCUGAUGUGAACGACGUUUACUCUAUUGCCGCCAGCGAGAGAUUGGUGUUGGCGGCGGCGAGAGAUGGUGAUUUCGUUGAGGCGAAGAUGCUUCUCGAUUGCAAUCUUUGCCUCGCCAAGCACUCUACGUCUCUACCUUCGGUGGCGCCGCCGCUGAAGGACAAACGAGAUAGAGAGAGAUUUUCAUUCUCAUAUGAAGAAGAGAGAUGUAGACUUAAAAAAUGGGAAAAUUCGUUUGGAUGUUCGGCGUCCAGCGAGAGAUUGGUGUCGGCGGCGGCGAGAGAUGGUGAUUUCGUUGAGGCGAAGAUGCUUCUCGAUUGCAAUCUUUGCCUCGCCAAGCACUCUACGUCUCUACCUUCGGUGGCGCCGCCGCUGAAGGACAAACGAGAUAGAGAGAGAUUUUCAUUCUCAUAUGAAGAAGAGAGAUGUAGAGUUAAAAAAUGGGGAAAUUCGUUUGGAUGUUCGGCGUCCAGCGAGAGAUUGGUGUCGGCGGCGGCGAGAGAUGGUGAUUUCGUUGAGGCGAAGAUGCUUCUCGAUUGCAAUCUUUGCCUCGCCAAGCACUCUACGUCUCUACCUUCGAUCAUUGGAGUGUUGCUCGAGAACGGAGCUGAUGUGAACGACGUUUACUCUAUUGCCGCCAGUGUGGAGUUGGAUGGGUUUUACGGGAUGAAUGGGUUCAAACUAGAUGGGAUGGGGCGUCCUAUCCUAAACUCCAUUCUGCCUUGGAAGCAAAAGCAACAGCCUUAA